AUGCCUGCAGAUAUUUUUAGACAACUGGAACAGCAAUAUCCAAAUCUAACUCAGAAACAAGUUUAUGCUUGGUGGACUUAUUAUUUGAAAAAUAAGUACAUUCGUAAUGAUAAUCAAUUAAAUUUCUUAAAAAUACUAGUAGAAGAGAACGAAUGCAAGGUUAUUUUAAGCAAUGUUCCAAAUAUUCAAUAUUUAGGCUUUAUAACGGCAUUUUUUGAAUUAUUAAAAAAUAACAAGGAAAUAGUUACAGAUGCCACCUAUAAAAUGAAUGCUUUAGGAUAUGAAUUAUAUUCAGUCAUUGAUAUUUUAAGUUUAUUUUUCAAGUCUUUAUUUGAUUUGGGAUUAAAUUAUGUGCACACUAUCGGUUCUCUUGAAAAAGGUGACUUAA